UGCAUUGUGGCGACCACAGCGUUUGGAAUGGGAAUUGAUAAGACGGACACCCGUCGCGUUGUCCACUAUGGCCCCCCCAAGACAAUAGAAGAAUACUAUCAGCAGAUUGGACGUGCCGGGCGUGACGGAUUACCCGCCAAAUGUGUGAUGAUAUGUAAUGACAUGGAGUUCGCACGCUACUACGACGACUUCUACUUAGGCAAUCUUCACGGAGGUGCCAGGAAACACAUGGAGGCGUCUAUAGACGCUCUCAGGAAAUACGCGGCAGAUACGGUAUGCGUUAGUCGUGAUAUGUAA